UGGAGCGAGUGGAGAGUCACGAGUCGCGAGGAGAGCGGCCCUCGCCAUCCACAUUCAUCAUCAUCACCAUCGUCCCCAUCGGCAUCGUCGUCGUCCAAAACAUCAUCGACACCAACAGCGUUGUCGUCAUCAUCAUCGUCGUCGUAAUUAUCAUAAAUCACAUUAGCGUAAUCACUACCUUGAUCAUUGUCACUCACACCAUCAAUCUCAUCAUCAACACAACUCACAUCAUCAGUCUCACCGUCAGCGUCUUCGCAAUCGACGUCGUCGUCAUCGUCAUCAUCGUUACCAGUUCCACCCCCUCCUCUCCUGGCUAGACGGGCGCCGGAGCGAAGCAAGAGUCGCGUGGAGCACUCUGCACCUCAUCAUCCAUCCCCAUUCGUCACCGUCACCUGUCCCACUCCCUCCCGAGCGAGGGGCACGAGGAGGUGGUAGUCCGGCACGAGGAGGGAGCGCAGCGUCUUGGAUCGUCGUUUCACCAUCAUCACCAUCACGACCCUCCGCCUUGUCAACAACAACAUCAUCAUCACCAUCACCUGCCGCUUCCUUCCCCCCGCCAUCCUCCGGUACCCCCGUCGCCCCCGCUGGAGGCCGGGCAAGCGGCGCCCAGCACCGUCAGCAUGAGCCGCCCGGAGAGCGGAGCCCCGACCACAACGCCGCCGCCGACGCCCCCGGGAGAGUCCCCGGCGGCACCGCUCCCCGCGGCCGGGCCCGGGCCCGGGGCCGUGGCCGUGCCGCCCAGCCCGUGCCUCUCCAAGGUGGAGCUGCGGGUGUCGUGCCGCGCGCUGCUCGACCGGGACGCGCUCUCCAAGUCCGACCCGUGCGUCAUGCUGCUCAUGCAGUCGCGCGGACAGUGGGUGGAGGUGGAGCGCACGGAGGUGAUCAAGAGGAACCUGCACCCCGUCUUCUCCAAGGUCUUCACCAUCGACUACUACUUCGAGGAGGUGCAGAAGCUCCGCUUCGAGGUGUUCGACAUCAACAGCAGCAGCGUCCCCUGCGGGCCCCGCGAGGACGACUUCCUGGGGGCCGCGGAGUGCACCCUGGGGCAGAUCGUGUCGCACAAGAAGAUCACAAAGCCACUGGUCCUCAAGCAUGGCAAGCACGCGGGCAAGUCCACCAUCACGAUAAUCGCCGAGGAGCUCUCGGGCAACAACAACUACGUGGAGUUGUUCUUCAGCGCGAGGAAGUUGGAUGACAAGGACCUCUUCAGCAAGUCGGACCCCUUCCUGGAGAUCCACAAGCUGGACGACGACGACACCUUCCAGCUGGUGCACAGGAGCGAGGUGAUCAAGAACAACCUGAACCCUGUGUGGGCGCCUUUCACCAUCUCCAUCAACUCGCUCUGCAGCUGCAAUUACGACAGACUAAUUAAGGACCAGCCGGGCGUGGCGCUCUGGGAUAGGGGCGCGAGCUUGGGGCGCGAUGUGCCCCACGCGGACGAGGACCUCGCGUCGGGGCCUGUGGACGGCUGCGGCUGA